AUGCCACUGCAGGCUGUCCCUGGGUUAAUGUGGCUGUGGCAGAACAUGCCCUUUCAGACACUGGCCAUGUUCUUAGGCCUGUUUCUGCUGAUUGCUGAUUACACAAAAAGGAGAUGGCCAAAGAAUUUCCCUCCAGGACCUUUGCCCCUGCCUUUCCUGGGCCACGUGCUCCAUAUAGAUUUCAAACAGCCCCACAGGACCAUAGAGAAGCUUGUUGGAAAAUAUGGCAACAUUUUCAGCUUGCAGCUUGGUAACCUGACAUUUGUGUUUGUAAAUGGAUUCCAGCUGGUGAAAGAAGUGCUUGUCCAUCAAGGUGAAUACUUUCUUGAUCGCCCACAAAUUCCUCAGAUCUACAAAGUCUUUGGUACAUUUGGAUUAGUUUUCUCUAAUGGACAUAGCUGGAAACAACAGAGAAGAUUUGCUUUAUCAACUCUAAGAAACUUUGGCCUGGGGAAGAGGAGCUUAGAAGAACGAAUACAGGAGGAGAGCAGAUACCUUACAGAUGCAAUUGAGGAAGAAAAAGGGCAACCUUUUGACCCUCACUUUAAAAUUAACAAUGCUGUUUCCAACAUAAUCUGUUCCGUCACUUUUGGGGACCGGUUUGAAUAUCAUGAUAGUCACUUCCAGAAGUUACUGUGGUUGAUUGAUGAGAUUGUGUAUCUCCAGGGAAGUAUUUGGAUCCAGCUGUAUAACUCCUUCCCCACCAUAAUGAAGUGGAUACCUGGACGCCAUCACACCAUUUUUAAAAACUGGGAAAAUUUGAAGUGUUUUGUGAGGGAAAUAAUAGCAAAGCACAGAGAGGACUGGAAUCCAUCUGAAACCAGAGACUUCAUUGACUGUUAUCUGAAGGAAAUAUCAAAGGCCGAUGCCGACCCGAGUUUCCAUGAAGAAAAUCUCAUAUUUUCCACACUGGAUCUUUUUACUGCUGGAACUGAGACAACGUCUACAACCAUUUACUGGGCUCUGCUGUACAUGGCCCUAUAUCCAGAUGUUCAAGAGAGGGUGCAAGCGGAGAUUGAAGCAGUGAUUGGCCAGUCUCGCCAGCCAGCCAUGGACGACAGAGACAACAUGCCAUACACCAAUGCAGUUAUUCAUGAAGUGCAAAGGAUAAGCAACAUCUUGCCUUUAAGUGCACCCAGAAUGGCAACUAGUGACACAACACUGGCCGGAUUCUAUGUGCCAAAAGGCACUGUUUUGAUUCCCAAUUUGACAUCAGUGCUGUUUGACAAGAAUGAGUGGGAAACCCCUCAUACUUUUAAUCCUAAGCACUUCCUGGAGGAUGGUCAGUUCAAGAAAAGAGAAAGUUUCCUGCCAUUCUCUGCAGGAAAGCGUGGUUGCCUUGGUGAGCCGCUGGCUAGAAUAGAGCUGUUCCUGUUCUUCACUGCCCUCCUUCAGAAAUUCACAUUCCAAGCUCCAAAGGACGUGAAGCUAAGCCUUCAGUUCAGAAUGGGACUUACUCUCGGUCCACAGCCAUACCAGAUCUGUGCACUGUCUCGGUAGGGAAAGCCAGGACAUUUUUGUCAUUGCCCCAUUUCUCAAAAUAAUUAGGGUUUGCUGUGCUUCUAUAUAGGGCUCACCUCCUUACCAUAUAGGGCUGCAUCGACAGUUCACUAUGUCUCCAAAUUUCCCUGCCUGCUUCCAUUCUUAUAAGCCAACAGGGGACCAAUAUCAGCAAUUGGACGAUUUGGGAACCUGAUAUUGGAAGGGGCUGGGGCUGUGAUGAUACAUCCUACCAUGACAGCAGCUCUUCCUGAUGUCCCUGCCACACCAGUCUGUGUGCAUGGCCUAAGAAUUCUCACUCCUAUAUCUAUUUGGUUGAAAAAAGGUAAGGAUAUUUCAUGAAUUUUUUCAAAAGGAACAUUUUGUUUCAUUUGCAGUUUUUCAUGAAAUAUUUAGUUUUUCAAUGUAAACUUUUCAAAGCACUUUUUUUUUUAAAUUUCACUGGUGUGAAAAAAACACUAACUUUUCUCUCACUUUUUGAUGAGGGGUAGGGAGAACUAAAACACAGGCGAGAAAGUGGGAUUUUCCCUACCAACACAAAAUUUAAAAAAUGAAAUUUCUUUGAAAAGAAAAGUUUCAACCGAGAUUGACACAUUUCUGCAGGACUUUUUUUUUCAAAAAUACUUUUUUUACUGAAAAAACAUCAACCAGUUUUAGACGCAUCCUGCUGCCUCUGACUCUUGCCAACCACCAUUGUUCUCUCACCCACUGUGAUCUUUGAUGAGAAGUCAAUCCCCCUCUCCUGCCUGAAGUUUUUGUGGUGAGAGAGAACUCCUGAAUCUUUAAAAAAAGUUAAUACUAAUACAUUUUUAAAACCUGCCCACCUUGGGAUUUGAAUUCCUAACCUAUAUAACAGUACUAGUUAUAUAGUACCUGCUUCCCUGAGAGUUGCUGAGAAACCACAUGGCCUUUAGAUGGUGGGCCAGGCAGGGAACUAGGGCAGAGUAUUAACAUACAGACUAUUCCACUUGGAACGUCCGGGUUGCUGAUGGGGUUGGUUUAGUGCACAUGUAGUUGAACGAAGGCGAGCUGGACGUUUCAGAGGCAAAUUUAGAGUGGUUCUUAAUUUUACUUUUGGUGUUUAUUUUAUGGUGUUUAGGUGCUUUAGAAAUACUUCAGAGGGUCAGCUAUUUUGUUGGCUGGCUGAGGCUCAGUGUAGCUAAAGAGCAGUUACAUCCCUUAGUUUGCAACGUGGAUAGUAUUUUCAAGGGCAGUUUAAAAGUAUUUGUUGAGCAAUGUUGGAUUUUGGCCCUAUCAUUCUUGAAAAGUGAUUCCUCAAGAAAUUCUAAGAGUAAAAGGAGUUAAUUACAUUUUUUUGCAAAUUUAAAAAUAACUUUCUGCAAAAAAGUUCCAAUAACUGACAUUUUUAAGUUAAUAAAGAGCACUUGUUUGUAUUGUUAUUUAUAUAGCUAAUUUGUUUACUCAAAGUUGUACUAACAAGAUAAAAGAAUGACAAGCCCAGGUUCUGAGCACACAAUGACAAAAUGCAAUGCACACCUAACAGAUCCUUGUACCUGUUUCACUGAAAGCCUUACGCUAACAGCAACAUGAGUAUAACCCUACUAUCCAGAAAAAUCCCCUACUAGAGUCCCAUUGCUUAUAUGUUCCAUUCUAUGCAUCCGAUAUAUACUCUUCUUAUAUGUUCCAUUCUAUGCAUCCAGUGAAGUGGGCUCUAGCCCAUGAAAGCUUAUGCUCAAAUAAAUUUGUUAGUCUCUAAGGU